AUGUUCUUUGCUUCAAUCCCGCUAUUUUUACUUUUCGCGAGCGUAGCCAUCGCGGUACCUAUAUUGGAAGGGCGCCAGGCAGCGGUCUCUGCGCUGUCUACCGCUGACAUUGCCUCGUACAAGCCCUACACCUAUUAUGCUGCUGCUGCCCAUUGUCCACCUGCAUCAACUAUAGCUUGGAAUUGCGGCGCAUCCUGCAGUGCCAACGCGGAAUUCAAGCCAAUAGCUUCAGGCGGUGAUGGAGCUCUGACGCAAUAUUGGUUUGUGGGAUAUGACCCUAAUCUCAAGUCUGUAGUCGUCGCAUACCAGGGAAGCGAUUUUUCGAAAUUCUUCCCUCUGAUUACCGACGCCAAAUUCAUUUUGAAACCGUUGGACUCGAAAUUGUUCCCUGGCAUCAGCUCUUCGAUCAAAGCUCAUGAUGGGUUCGGUGAUGCACAGAAGAGGUCUGCAACUGCAGUUCUUGCAGCCGUCAAGACUGCGAUGUCGAAAUAUGCGACUACCAAGGUCACCGUUGUCGGUCAUUCACUGGGAGGUUCUAUCGCUUUAGUUUCCACAGCGUACUUAUCUUUGAAUCUACCGUCAAGCACUUCGCUUCAAGCGGUCACUUAUGGAAGCUCACGCGUUGGAAAUCAAGCCUUUGUGGAUUUCAUCAACCCACGCGCAAAUUUGACCAGGAUCGACAACAAGAAUGAUGUCGUACCAAUACUACCAGGCCGCUUUCUUGGCUACGCGCACACAAACGGAGAAGUCCACAUCACUAAUUCGAACGGUUGGAUGUCCUGCCCAGGUCAGGAUAAUACGAACUCGAAGUGCACAAUAGGCUACGUUCCGAAUAUAUUUGCUGGGAACGCAGGCGACCAUAACGGACCUUACGACGGAGUAUACACGACAUGUUUUUAA